UCCGCUCUUCCCCGUCUUCUCCGUCACCAGCAAUGCAUCGCCCACUGAGCACCAUGAAUAUGUCUUUGACAAUCUCCGUAGAAAAGAGUUAAUGUUUUGGUCAUGUUUUUGUGUGGUUUUCCUUUUCCGCCAUCGCGACCUCUGAAGUCCAAACUUCAAAGAGCGCCCGUUUGAAAAGAGGACCAGGAAGGAUGCAACAAGUGUGAGGCUCACUGGGAUGUGACAUCUUUUAGGAUUUGGGUCGUGAAAACAAAGAAAAUACAGGCUCACUGGGAUGUGACAUCUUUUAGGAUUUGGGUCGUGAAAACAAAGAAAAUACAGGCUCACUGGGAUGUGACAUCUUUUAGGAUUUGGGUCGUGAAAACAAAGAAAAUACAGGCCGUGUAACAAUGAGCUGGAGUUUCCUGACUCGGCUGCUGGAGGAAAUCCACAACCACUCCACGUUUGUGGGCAAGAUCUGGCUCACCGUCCUCAUCGUCUUCCGCAUUGUGCUGACGGCCGUCGGAGGCGAGUCCAUCUACUACGACGAGCAGAGCAAGUUUGUGUGCAAUACGGCCCAGCCAGGCUGCGAGAACAUCUGCUACGAUUCCUUCGCGCCGCUCUCGCACGUGCGCUUCUGGGUCUUCCAGAUCAUCCUGGUGGCCACGCCCUCGCUCUUGUACCUGGGCUAUGCCGUCAACAAGAUCGCCCAGGCUGAGGAGCAGGCGGACUGUGACGGAGCGAGCGGUUUGUCCCGCAGGAAAGCCAAGAAGCAUUGCCUUGCUGACAGGAAGCGGCAUAGUCGGAACAAAGUGCCGCAGGAUGACGAAGAAGAAGAAGAAGACCCCAUGAUCUAUGAGGUGGCGGAGCUUGAGAGCGAUGGCAGCGAUGCUGCAAAAGCAAAAACGAAGGCACGCCAUGAUGGGCGCCGGCACAUCAAAAAGGAUGGUCUGAUGCGUAUUUACAUCUUUCAGCUUAUAGCGCGCUCCGUCCUGGAGGUGGCCUUCCUGGGUGUACAGUACAAGCUUUACGGCUUUGCAGUGCCAACCACCUACAUGUGUUCAGUCCUCCCAUGCCCCCACAAUGUGGACUGCUUCAUAUCACGGCCCACCGAGAAGACCAUCUUCCUCCUCAUUAUGUACACCGUCUCCUUGCUUUGUCUGGUUCUCAAUAUAUGGGAGAUGCUUCAUCUGGGCAUCGCUACAAUCUGGGAGAUUCUGCGCUACCGUCACAGGAACAUGUGCGACGAGGAGGUCUUUGGAUUGUCAAGAGGACUGGGCCUGCUCAACAAAGACGAAUACAACAGCUACCCUUCCUCCUGGAACGCACCGUCAGCCCCGCCGGGCUACAACAUUGCUAUCAAGCCCCCCAUGGUGUACACGCGGCCUCAUGACCAGCCACUCCCUACCACCCACCUGGGUAAAAAAGAGACACCGUGCCAGCAGAACGCCGCCAACGUAGCCCAAGAGAAGCGGCAGCGGUACGUCAACGGUGAAGAUGAGCCGGCCGAUGCCCCCGAAGGUACCCACGGGAAGGACACCCGGCCGCAGCCCCGGCAGGAAACUGACAGUCAAGCCGACACGCUGCAGCAGACCCACAGUAACAACCAGCGUAAAUCCCCGCGUGAACACUGGCAGGCCUCCAAACAUGCAUCCUCCAAGGCAAACAGAGGUGGCUGCAGCAGCAGCAGCAACAGCACCAACGGAAGCUUCAAAUACGGCGAAAUAAAAGGUUCCGAAUGGAUUUGACUCACAUUUUAUGCAAAAAGAAAUUAGAUUUUCAUACGUGUAGUUCUAGUAAGAGUUUUCCAUGCCAAAGUGCCUUGUUUGGUAAAUGUGUGACGUAGUAUUGAGCAGUCAGGUGCAAGCCUGGCUCAGGGACGAGGACGCCCCUGCCAUGCAGAGUCCCCAGGGAUUGUACCAACUAGUCCUUUCCACAAAUUCUGCAAUACUCCCCACACCAUAUGCAAUAAGAAGCUACGCCGUAGCAACAACUUUCAAUUAUUUACCCUGCAAUGCCUUGAACAUAACUUGUGUGUGUGUGUGUGUAUGUGUGUGUGUGUGUGUGUGUGUGUGUGUGUGUGUGUGUGUGUGUGUGUGUGUGUGUGUGUGUGUGUGUGUGUGUGUGUGUGUGUGUGUGUGUGUGUGUGUGUGUGUGUGUGUGUGUUCUUGUAUUUCUACCCUUCUUGAAAAAAGAAGUACCAUCCAUAUGAGGACCGGUGAAAAAGUUAGGACCUAAAUCAUGGUCCCAAUAUGGAAAACCAUUGCAUCUAAUAGAGAAUGUCUCAUUUGCACCCUUGCUGGUGAUAUCUAUCAAAAUUAGGGUAGUCCCAAAAAGGAGGGAUUUUUCAAAAUGACUGUGUGUCGGUUUUCAAAGUGUCCUUCCUCUGGUCAACCUAUAAAAUAACAAGUGUGUGUAAAAAUUUGAAGUGCACCCCCUCUGGCCAACUUAUGUAAUAACAAGUGUGUGUAAGAAAUUAUAAAGUGCCCCAUUUGGCUAAAAUGUAUUAAAAAAAAUUGUAUAUAGAGACAUUCUGUAUUAACUUGAAGUAAAUAAUUAGGAUUAAAAAACAAUGACAAACAAAAAAAUAAAAUAAUUAACUUAAAAUUUACCUUUGUUAUAUUUGCAUAAAAAAAUAUGUAUAUAUAUAUAUAUAUAUAUAUAUAUAGAUAUAUUUUUUUUUUAUUGUUGUAAAAACAAUUCUUUAUAUAUCUAGAAAGGGUGGUCCUAAAGAGGCUGGCAUAUUUCUGAGGUCCCAAGAAGGUAAAAAAUACAAGAAUGUGUUUAAGAAUAGAAGUAUAUUACACUUGUUCUAUUGCCCAACCAUUGGUGGGACAAACAAAUGUUUUAAAUGUGUACUGUACAAUGUAAAUUGUCAUUUUUUUCUCAUAAUGUUGACUUGUUAGCGGUCAGGCAGUCGAAAAGCAGGAUGUUUCCCUUAAACUACCAAAUACAAAUGUGUCUUUAUAGUGUU